CAGUUUCCGGCGUUUAACGACAGAAAGCGGCAGCGAGAUGUUAGACGUUGUCGUAAAAGCAGCACGCAUGGGAUACACAAGACUUCAAAUCAUGAUGCUCUCAUCACAUUAGGUGUGACUGAUAAAGUCAGUAUUCUCACACCAAGAAACACAAAAACAGAUAUUUGACAUAAUGUCAAAGUCAUCAGAAGAGGUCUUGCUUGUCAUUAAGCAUGUUCGCUAUAAGAAGACUGAGGGUACUCUGUAUAUGAUGGGAGAACGGAUGGCAUGGAUGUUGGAGUCAAAAAAUGUUUUCAGCGUCAGUCAUCUUUAUGCAGAUAUUAAAGUCCAGAAGAUCUCCCCUGACAGCAAAGACAAGGUGCAGUUGCAGGUCGUUAUGCAUGAUGGAGGUGCAAGCACCUUUCAGUUUGCCAAUCCCAAGGGCCGUACAGCACAGCAAGAGGAUAGAGAAUCUGUAAAGGAGCUGCUACAGCAACUGCUGCCACAGUUCAGGCGCAAAGUGUCCAGUGAGCUAGAAGUCAAAAACAAGCUUCUGCAAGAAGAUCCUGAACUGUUCCAGCUGUACAAAGACUUGGUGGUGUCACAAGUUAUCACUGCUGAAGAAUUCUGGGCUAGCAAAGCUCAUAAGUUUGGAAGCUCAAACAAAAAUGAUGUAAAGCAGAACAUUGGUGUAUCACCAGCAUUCUUGGCUGACAUAAAACCCCAAACAGAUGGUGCCAACGGACUGAAGUACAACCUCACUGCUGACAUCAUAGAGUCAAUAUUCAAGACAUAUCCCAUGGUCAAAAAGAAGCAUGCAGAAUGUGUCCCCCAUUCGCUAUCAGAGAGUGAGUUCUGGACAAGGUUCUUCCAGUCACAUUAUUUUCAUCGUGACCGUGUCGCUAUCACCAACAAGGACAUAUUCUCAGAAUGUGCCAAGCAUGAUGAAGAAGAGAUCAAGCAAGAAAUCAGCCAGAAGGUGACCAACCCACUAGUUGAUUUGACAGAGAUCAAAGAUGCUGCAGUUGAUGAAGAUUACAGAGGCAUUACAGAAGACAACCGUGUCAGCACAAACAUUAUGAACCAGUCUUUGAUUCGACGGUUUAACCAUCACUCCACAAUGGUCUUGCGGACAUGUCAGAGUGAGCUUCCAGCAAAAUCAAGUGAAAAUGGAAUGGCUAAUGAAGUGGAGAUUGCAAAAGGCUCCAUUUUGAAAGAGUCUGUCACUGAAAAUGGUCGUAUUCCUAAAAGGACUAUUGGCGUUAGUGAAAAAGAACCUGUGCUGAAGAAGACACAUUAUCAGUCUGUAGUGGAGUUAGAAGACUUGGGAAGGGAGAGAGCCGUUCCAGCAGUAAGUCUACGAUUGGACAGAAUGGAGCGCUACCUGCAUGGUCCUACUCCUGCUUCUGCCUCACGCUAUACCAGUACUGAAGAUGCCAUGGCAGCAUUACACAACAUCACAGAGCAGAUUUCUUCCUGGAGAGACAGCUUAACAGCUGUUUCUGCACACCACUCACUAGGUGUGUUAGGAGAGCUCUCGCCUGGUGGGGCUCUCAUGCAUGGAACAACACAGCAGCAAUUGCAGCACAUGGUGUCUAAAGAGAUGCAGAAAGAACUGAAGCAUAAUUACAGCGCCCUCUGUGAACUUCUUAGACACUUUUGGUCUUGUUUUCCUACUACCACUAAAUUUUUAGAGGACAAGGUAGUUAAAAUGAGAACAACAUUGGAGAGGUUCCAGUCAGCCAAGCUCUUUCCACUUAAAGAGCAACUGAGCCAUCACCAUCUAAGUGUUGAUUUGAUAGGGCACAUGGAAGAAAUGUUAUCUGGUGCCUUCAAUAAGUUUGAUCAGUGGCAGGCUCGUCGCAUGUCUCGUAAGACCUGAAAGAUGCUACGUACUAGCGCUAGUUUUCACAGUGAAGCAUAGCUUUGACUUUCUCCACAUCUGAGAAUAAAAGCUAUGAAAUGUUGUGAAGGUCAUGGUCAUGAAGGGGAAAAGAUUAUCAAACCCAUGAUGAUCUACAUAAGCAAGAAAGAGCUUGGCUUUUUGUUAGAUCUCAGACAAAGGUUUGAUGUAUAAAGAAGCAGCACAUGUACUGCUGACUGUGUUCUUGUAAAGCAGAAGUGGGCUGUGACUUGCUGCACACAAUAAACUACGCUUCAGGUGGCAUGGCCAAGAAGCAUCUGUUUCUGAAACACGACAUGAUGACAAUAAUACUUUAUCAAAAUAAAUAUGGAGGGGAUUCAAAUGUGACUGAAAAAUACCAACAACGAGGUUUUUUUUUUGCAUGUUGGCCAUUUUUUCUGAGUGCUUUAUAGAGGAGUAAAUGAUCUAAUGCUGAGAUAAUAAGUGGAUUAUGUUUACUGACACCGCUGUGCCUACCUCUUUGCAACAUCCGUUUUUCUGUGACUGCUUCAUCAGCAAUUCUUAAUAGCAGACACUUGUAUAGAAAGACCUUAGCAGGUGGGUAGUUAACAUAGUAUCUUGCCACAGUGUGAUUACUGAUGUUACUUUCAAUAAUUCAGGACUGUUUAUUUGUUUUGUUUCAGUAAGAAACAGACAAAUUAUGCAUCCUCAGAAAAGCAGUGUUGUCUGUGUAGGCAUCUUUUGACAAGAGAGAGAGCUGUGUUCUGGUGAUACAGGGCUAAGAAGAGAGAACAUUGUACCUUUAUGAACUGUGGGUCAGGUGAUACUGGUAUGAGUGGCACCUGACAUAGGCUGUGCAUAUUGCAGUCAAGAAGUCAGAUAACCCAGCUUUCUGAUCUUUCUGAAUGACAAGUAUACAUAUACCAAGGGUUUUUUAAAAGUAUUUUUGAUCGAAUUCAUUUUUCUUCAUUCUUACAUUCGCAAGCUUCAUGUGUAGUUAUUUCACUCAUCUUGGGUUAGACAGGAUUUAUUCCACAACCUCCACCAGUAAGUGUCUAGAACCCAUAAUGUGAAAUCAAAGACCACAGAAUACAUUUUAAGUAGAUGUGCAAUGCACAUUGCUUGUUUUGUAUGAGCCACAGCUAUCACAGCAACAUCAUAACUGGAAAUAGAGUAUGGGUGGAGUCCAGUAUAAUUUAAGAAUACUCUACCGACAGAUGAUAGCAACAUCAAUUUCAGUGUUUGACUUUUGGAUUGAAACCUGCAUCAUCAUUAAAUGCAUAAAAAAUGUCUGAAAUAGCUGGCAACGAAAGAAAAUACUAAAAAAAAAGGACAUUUAUUGAUAAUCAGAAAGUCGUUUUGUUUUUGGCUGAGUAAUGUGACUGCAACUUAAGGGUAAAUAAAUGCCUUUAAGUCAUGUCAUAGUAAGUCUUUGAUACCUCCUUGAAAAUGUGAUGACAUGGUGAAAUAAUAAAUUACAAAACCAUUUUACCAUAGGCUGAUUGACACAAAUGUAAACUAGAAUCUCGUUUCUAUGAUAUAUUCCUUGUCAGAAAAACAUCUCCAAACUUCUAAGUAAGGAGUAGGAAAGUUGAAUAUCCAGAGAAAACUCACACAUGUGAAGACCAAUUAGUGGUUCUGUUUGAGAUUUUGUUGUUGUUGUCUUGUCAUCUUUUGUAUGAAAUGACAUUGACUAAAACAGCAAUAAGGGAUUUAAGUUGAUUUAAUUGGGCAGUAUGUCUGUGUUGAGAAGACUUCUUCUCCAGAGGGAAAAAGGUUAUAAUGGUGGUCUUAGGGCACUACCAUUCAUCUGCUGUCACUAUAAAGAAAAAUUUCAGCUGGAAACCUAGCCAUCUCCUAGGAAACAGAAGGCGCUAUGGUUAUCAGAAUAUAAAGUUUGUGAAGGCCGAAGAAUGCCUAGUAAAACAGCUGCAUGGUCACACUUUGCCAUCAUCAUGGAAAUUUCAGGCCGAGAACUUUUGAGUUUCUUGAGAUGUUUAAGAUCCGUUCAGCUAAAAUUUUAGUGUCAGCUGGUUAGUAUUUUGAGAAAAGGUUUGCAACAGAAAUAACAUCUAGUGAAGUGAAAAUGUAGAGAAAGAUCUGGGUCUGCUGCACUUAUUAGGUCCCAAAGUCCCCCAUCCAACCAAAUUUGUUUCAUCUUUGCAACAUCUGUUGACAGUAUCUGCCUGAUAAAUAAGUUGUUGGUGUUAGCAAGAUUUGGGGCAGUUUCUGUUGAAUGGCACGACUAUGCAAAGAAGUUUGUUCUAUGAUUUCACUCGAGUAUUUUUGAGCUGGUGUCUGUGGCAUCAUGAUGAGAAAUUUGCCCAUAUCCAGUGCUGGGUGCUAAGUGAUUGCAUAUCUGUAUCUAAUAAUUUUUAUAACAGAGUGAAUACAUUUUAAUAUGAAGAUGCAAAAGAACUGAUAACUAGCUAGCGAUGCACAAAGAUCAUAUGCCGCUUUUUUAAACCAACCUGAGAUUGGCAAGAAUCUUAUCUGACCAUAAACACAGUGAGACAUCUUAAUUAUUGCACUCAGUGCCAUUGACUGAGUCGGAGAUGAUCAUGUGGCUUGUAUGCAAUAAAAGUUAGUCCAUUCCACUUCCUUUCACUUGUUCAAAAAGUCAUCAUCAUUGGUUGUUGAAUUUUUAGUGAUUGCAAACUGAAGACAAAUUCUGAGAGAGAGACUGUGUUAAUAUGUGUAGAGUCUACAUCAUGAAAAAAUUUUUGCUGUUUGGGAGAGAACAACGCCAAAGCAUACACAUUUGUUUUUAGUACAGCAUAGGAACUAAAUUUGACAAUUAUCAUUUGUUGUACUGAAUGCUUGCUUUGUAAUUGUACAAAAUUUCCUUUCUUGUUAAACCAUUAAGUGAUAAUUCAUUUACUUUUAAAUUGUGAUGCAUAUUUUCUGUCAGGAGGAAAGUUUGGGGGAUCUAAAAAAUCUAUGUGAAACAUGUUCAUAAUUGCUUUGGACAGUAAGGGGAUAUCGCAGUUAUAAAAAAAAGCGUGGAUAUAAUGAUAGACUACCACUCCAACACGAAGCAGUUAUACAAUCACAAAAAUUUGAAGUGAUUUGGGUACACUCACUAGAUAUAGGUGUAGUCUGAGGUUAAAGAGAAAUAUUCUGUUAAAAAAAGUUGGAUUUUCUAUUUUUGUUGGGACUGAUUGUUGCCUCUUUGUCACUGCUGUGCUGAGCAUAUGCUUGACUUUUGUUCUUCAAAAUGCAUGCAUUCCUUGUUUUAAAGUAUUAUCCUUAAUCUCACAUUUUUUAUAUGCAUAUGAACAGAUGUGUGUACGCACACGCGUGUGUGUGAGGGGGAGGGAAGAGUGCACUGGAUGUCACAAAUGCAGGUAAAAAUUAUUAAUGAUAUAAGCAUCUCAUUGGUAUAAUAUGUACAUGCUCCUUUUUGGGGGCAUCAUUUUUAAUGAUAAGUUUUGUUGAUUUGUUUCAUUUUUUGUGAUUUUUGUUUUAAUCAAGUGUCCUGGUAUCUUUUCGAGUUUGCUGUGAGUCAUUGUUCAUCUUUCACACCUAAACCUUAUGAAGCUUUUGUACAGUGAGCAAUUAUUUAAAUGCAGACAUGGAGUUUCCUUAUGCUUAUUUUUCAAUUUGGAAAUUGAGUCAAAAUAUACAGUUCAUGAACAAAACUGUGAAGAUUACUCACUGGAAAUGAAUCGCUCACAUUAAAAACAAAUAUGUUAAACUGUU